AUGGAGGCACGCAACGGUGAACUCGCGACGGCGGUGAAGGAGGUCCUCCAGCAAGGCGUCGGGGAGGUGGCGACGUAUACACACAUCGAGUGCAAGAUCGGUGGUCUGGAGCGAGCAGUGGAUGGACAGCAGGCUGAGACAGCUGCACCUAAGUCGGCCAGUGAGCCAAGCAUGUUUUCCUCUGAGCGCCUGCCGAUCAUCAAUGCCCGCGUGCACGGCGGAGACCUGCGCACCGACGCUCUCAUGUGCCAUAUCAGCUUUGGCGAUCACCGGCACAGCGAUUUCCGUUACGAUGCGUAUAUCAAAGACUGCUUUACAAAUGUGUACGGGCUCAGCAUAGACGAGGGGUUAUGGUUAGCGAAACAUGGCCACGCUAUCAGAGGGGGUGUUGACUGGCCGUAUGUCAUAGGCAACAUUGACAAGUUUGUGACCAUCGUGGAUCGCGUCACCACCUGGACCGGCGCAAAGAACGGAGGAAAGAGACCCCCGAAUCUAAAGACACUCCUCAGUACCAACUUCAGACCUCUGUGCAAACACAUCUCGGCCAUAAUCAAGAAGGCAGGGAAAAAUCCUGAUUGGGACACAUGGAACGUCGACCCGGAGGACUUGCAGAUGCUGACCCAACUCCAAGACCAUCUCGAAAUGCAAUGCAAGGCAUGGAGACCAACGGGUCAAACACAUCCCGUGUGGGACCUCAUAGGGGUGGAGCAGGGCCCGGGAUGGGCACACGCAGGGUACCUGAGAGACGCGAAGACCAAUCCCCAGAGGGUUGUUCACAAGGGCGGCGCAACGAUGAGCCUGCGACCUCAGGCGAGGGUGAAGUAUACUUAUUAG